AUGGAGGCUCCGGCAGUCUUCACGGGCGUAGAUGUUUACCAGCGCAGUUUCGACCCUCAGGAGUAUUUGAAAGAAUUUUACACCCUGAGUGACAGCCAGGGACAACCGAACACUUUUCUGAUGGAAAACCUGAGGAUCCUGUUUAAGAUGUUCUCCCUGGACGGGCUGAGGGGCGAUACGCUGAUAGACGUCGGCUGCGGCCCCACCAUCUACCAGCUUCUGUCCGCUUGUGAGCGCUUCCAGGAGAUCAUCGCCUUGGACUACACGGACCAGAACCGCCGGGAGCUGGAGAAGUGGCUGAAGAAUGAACCGGGAGCCUUCGACUGGAAGCCAGUGGUGGAAUACGUUUGUGAGCUGGAAGGGGACAGGGAGAAGUGGGCUGAGAAACAGGAGAAAGUGAGAAAGAAGGUGAGGCAGGUUCUGAAGUGCGACGUGACCAAAGCCAACCCCACGGACCCCGUGUCCCUGCCUCCUGCCGACUGCAUCGUCUCCACCCUCUGCUUGGAGGCUGCCUGCAAGGACCUGGACACCUUCCGUAGCGCCCUGAAACACAUCGGUGCCCUCGUGAAGCCGGGGGGACACCUGGUGAUGGUCACCGUCCUCCGGGAAACCUACUAUGCCUUCAACAAGCAGGUUUUCUCCUGCCUCCGCCUGGAGAAAAACAUGGUGGAGGAAGCUGUGGAGGGUGCUGGCUUUGACGUGAAGUUCAGCGAGGUCCAGACGUAUGGGCCCGGCGACAUCCGCACGGAUUGCGAAGCCGUGCUGAGCCUGGUGGCACGCAAGCGUGACGGGUAG